AUGGGAGACGCCGUUAACGACCACCGUGUGCAAUUCUCCGUUCCGUUGCUCGAUAUCCCGUCUCUCAGCAUGCCCGUCCACGUUACCAAACCCUUUCACGGACCCGGUUCGAACAAACUGGGUGGUGACCUGGAACCCGAUUCCGUACCUGACCUGAGAUGGGUCCUCGACGGCACCAUCGCCGCUGUUGUCGGCGAAGCAGUUUUGUUCGGUAAAACCACCUCCACACAGGGAGAAAACCCGAGAAAUAUUCCCGGCGCAGGCAUGACGGCGGCGGAGGACGAGAAGCCAGACGAAGCCGUUAUGGGGGUGAAGCGGCGGCGGAGCGGUGGUGGAGGGUACAGAGGGGUGAGGAGGCGACCGUGGGGGAGGUGGUCGGCGGAGAUAAGGGACAAGAUCGGUCGGUGCAGGCACUGGUUGGGAACCUUUGACACGGCGGAGGAGGCGGCGCGUGCAUACGACGCGGCGGCGAGGCGGCUAAGAGGGUCUAAGGCAAAGACCAACUUCUACAUCCCUCCGUUUCUCCCGACGGCGGAGGCUGAGGCGGCGUCGCCGGGGGCGAAGGGGAGGAGGAGCAAGAAGGUUAUGACGGAGAAGAGGUGUCAGAAAGUCACAUCAGUCGCACAAUUGUUCAGCAAUGCAACUACUAUCACCAGUUCCAAUAAUGAUAAUAACGUGAUUAGUCGUGAUAAUGGUGGUUUAGAGCUUGACUUGAAGUUGGGCUGUGGAAUUCACAGUGCUGUGAUCAUCAAGUAA